UUGUUGAGUCAAUGGAAGUCUCAGCUGAGUCACACACAGGGGAAUUCAUUUUUGAGUUUGUGGACAGGUUUAUUGAGAAGCUUGGGGCUGGGGCGGAACACGUUGUGCAAGUGGUCACAGACAAUGCUUCAAAUAAUAUGGCAGCCAAGGAUCUGCUUUAUAUCAAGAGACCCCAUAUAUUUUGGAGUUCAUGUGCCAACCACACUAUAAACUUGAUGCUUGAAGGAAUUGGGAAGAUGAAAAAGUUCAAGACCAUACUUGAUUCAGCAAAAGAUCUAACCAUAUUUAUUUAUGCUCACCACAAUACGUUGUCUUUGAUGAGGAAAUUCACAAAGAAGAGAGACAUAAUUAGGCCAGGUGUGACCAGAUUUGCCUCAGCCUUCCUAACUUUGCAAAGCUUGUAUGAGAAGAAAGAUCAGCUAAGGAUGAUGUCUCAAAGUGAGGAAUGGGAGAAAAUUAGCCAUGUCAAGAAAAGCACUAAAGGUGUACUAGCCACAGCCACAUUGGUGAAGCCUACUUUCUGGAAUGGUGUUAGUCUUUGCUUGAGAGUAUUUGAGCCAUUAGUUAAAGUUCUUCGCAUGGUUGAUGGGGACGUUAAACCAUCAAUGGCUUGGCUAUAUGGUGAAAUUCUUAAGGCUAAGGAAGAAAUGAGGAUGGCUGUAGGAAAUGUGGACAAGACUGGGACUGGUUUGUACAAGAGUAUCAUAGAAGUUGUGGAUGGAAAAAUGAAGAAUCGAUUGGAUUGUCCUAUUCACAUGGCUGCAUAUUGCUUAAAUCCCUAUUAUAGCUACAACAAGCCCUCCAUCUUUGACAGUGAGCAUGUCAUGGAUGGCUUUAUUGCAGCUGUUGAAACAUUCUACCAUGGUGAUUAUGACAAGCAGAAUCAAGUGCUCAAUGAUGACUUUCACAAGUUUAAAGAUAAAGUUGGACAUUUUGGAAAAAAGGUAGCUCAGGCUGGCUGCAAGGAUUAUGAUUUCAGUCCAGCUAAGUGGUGGUCAAAUUAUGGAACACAAGUUCCAACACUGCAGAAGUUUGCUAUUAGAAUCCUCUCUUUGACAUCAAGUGCUUCAGGUUGUGAAAGAAAUUGGAGCUGCUUUGAAGGGGUAAGUCUGCAUGUUCAAUUCAGCAUGUGUCAUGUUUUUUCAGCCACUCUAAUGAUUUUAAUAUAUUGUAGAUCCAUACAAAGAAAAGGAAUAGGCUCACAUGUGAGAGAGUUGAACAACUUGUCUUUGUUAGAUUCAAUCAUCUUCAUGCAAAGAGAAAAAAUAAAGCCAAAAAGAAUAAACAGGCAGAUCCUCUUGUAGCAACCGAUGCAACCUUUGCUCAAGGAUGGAUGGUUCAAGGUGCAGAUGAAGAAGGGACUGAUGUUGAGCCUGUUACAGGUCUGACAUGGAAAUUAAUUGCUGACACAUGUGGUGCUGAGGAGGUCACAAAACUCCGUAAGAGUGCAAGAUUGGCUCAUGCAAGAGAGGUUCAAGAAGAACCCAAGUCCGAUAGUGAUGAAGAACCGAUAAA